UCCAAACCCCAUUACAUUUCAUAGCACGCAUUAGACCGAGCACGUGGAGGAUCGCGCGCACGUGGCUCCGGCACGCCCGUAGCGCGUCUGCGCGACCAAUUCCAAUCCCGCGAGGCCGCGCCGAGAGCCUCGGCAUCGCCUGGCCGCCCUACGGCCGCAGUCCCCUCGCGGAGCCACGACGGUCUCGAGUUUUCCGGGGUCCCGGAGGCAUGGCGACCACGGCCGAUAGGGUGGCGGAGAUGCGCGACCGAGUCCUCCUCAGCGAACACGGCGUGACCAACGUUCAUUCGACGGACUUCCCCGGCAACUACGCGGGCUACGAUGACACGUGGAACCAGGAGAAGUUCGAGCAGAACUUCCGCAUCGACGUGGUGCGCAUGGAGGACAUGGAGAUGGAGUUCGACAUGGUCGGGGUCGACGCGGCCAUCGCCAACGCCUUCCGCAGGAUCCUGCUCGCCGAGGUGCCGACGAUGGCGGUGGAGAAGGUGUUCAUCUACAACAACACGUCCAUCAUCCAGGACGAGAUCCUCGCCCACCGCCUGGGCCUCAUCCCCAUCCACGCGGACCCCCGGCUCUUUGAGUUCCGCAACCCGGGUGACGAGGAGGGUACGGACAUCGAUACGGUGCAGUUCCAGCUCAAGGUGAAGUGCAGCAGGAACCCCAAGGCUCCCAAAGACUCCUCCGACCCCAACGAGCUCUACAUCAACCACAAAGUCUAUUCGCGGCACUUGCGUUGGGUGCCGCUGGGAAGCCAGGCGGACGUGUACGCCGAGGGCUCCAUCCGGCCCGUGAACGACGACAUCCUCAUCGCUCUGCUGCGGCCGGGGCAUGAGAUCGACAUCAUGGUGCACUGCGUCAAGGGCAUCGGCCGGGACCACGCCAAGUUCUCCCCCGUGGCCACGGCGAGCUACCGGCUGCUGCCGGAGAUCCGGCUCUUGGUGCCUGUUGUCGGGGCACUGGCGCUAAAGCUGCAGAGCUGCUUCUCUGAGGGGGUGAUUGGCGUGGAGGAGGUGGACGGAGAGAAGGUGGCCAAGGUUCUGAAUGCCCGGCUUGACACGUGCAGCCGAGAGGUGCUGAGGCACGAGGAUCUGAAGGAUUUGGUGCAGCUGUGCCGGAUCAGGAAUCAUUUCAUCUUCUCGGUGGAGUCGACGGGGGCCCUGCCGCCCAGCGUGCUCGUGUGCGAGGCAAUCAAGGUGCUGAUGGAGAAGUGUCGCAAGUAUCUUAACGAGCUCGACUCCAAGGAGGACGACGAUGAUGAUGAUGAUGAGGAGGCGGCGGCGGCGGCAGGUGACAAGAUGUGACGAUGCGUGUCGGGUUUGGCACGCUCAUCUGGUUGUUGUCCUACAGGUGUCAGAGCCAUAGCUGCUUCAACUGCUGCUGCUGGAGCAACGUCACCAUAUUCUCUGGAUCAUGAGAUGCACUGGAUUGUUAAGUGACUUUUCUGACACCGAGCACAAGUUUGGGUUUGCGUCUCACUUUCUGAAAAAUCUUACAAUCCAGACGAAGCUGGAGCCUCUUUUUCCCACCGCACAACUGAGCCGCGCCAGGGCCCCCUGCCCUGGAGUGGUUCGGGAGGCGCCGGUGUUAGUUUUCGACCGCGGAAGCUGAGCCGUGCCGCCGACGUCGCGCGCGGUCGUCGCGUGCAUUGUCGCGCGGCGUCGUCGGCGUCGUCGGCGUCGUCGUCGGCGUCGUCAUGUGUUCGAGUGUACCGACGCAACGUUUGACGAAAGUGAUCAACUCCGCCCCCCCCCCCGACCCCCUUGCUUGGCCCCGAGCCAGAUUCCGAUGUCUCGUGACACCGGCGAAUCAUUGUUUGGUUUUUGGCUCCGUUCGGCCAAAUUGCCGGUGGGGGGUGGGGGGGAAAUAUCCAUACAGUGAGGGCCCCCCUCGCUGGCUCGACGCUGCUGGUUUUGCGAGCCCCCGAGGCAGCCGUUGGCGAGGGGGACGGGAGUGCUUCGUAGAGUGAUGUUGGUGUGUAGAAUUCUUAAACUAAACGGAACAUUUUACCAGGUAGAGCCCACUGAGCUAUGUAGCUCUUUUUCAGUAGCGACCUGGCCAUAAAUGAUAGCUCAACGAAGUGGCUAAUCAUAUGGAAUUAUUAUAGCCGCCAAAUACUCUAAAC